AUGCGUCGCGCGCGCGCCGAAGACGUCGCCGAGCGCGCGCUGCGAGAGGUCGCGUCGCGCGCGCGCGCGCUGAGCCCGCGAUCGAGGCACGCGGCGAUGCUAAGCGCGUACGACGAGUGGUUCAAGGGGCCGAAUGCGAAACGGCGACGCGGCGAAGCGCUGAGAGACGCGCCGUUCGCGGAGACGGACGCGGACGCGCUCGCGAGGGAGCACAGGUUCGUACGCGACGACGAUGAGGAUGGUCGACGACGGGGGGAGUGGGGGGUGAGAUUGGCGCGAAGGUACCACGACGCGUUGUUCAAGACGUUUGCGAUCUGCGACGUGUCCAGGGCGAGCGAAGGCGCGGAGCGCGGACGCGCGAAGAUCGGGAUGCGAUGGCGAACGGAGGGCGAAGUGAGAUCGGGAAAGGGACAGUUGUCGUGCGGGGAGCGUCGGUGUGCGAGGACGGAGGGGUUGAGGACGUUUGAGUGUCACUUUCGGUACGCCGAGCGCGGCGAGACGAAGAGUUCGCUCGUCAAGUUGCGAGUGUGCAAGAAGUGCGCAGCAAAGCUGGACGAUGGUUUUAAGCGCGUCCGCGACGAGAAAAAAAAAUCGGUUGGUCAUAGGAAGAGUGAGAAGCGAAAGUGCGAAAGGCGGGAUGAACAAGACGAGCACGACCAUGAGGACUCUCGAGACACGCUCGAUGGUUUGUUGUGA